AUGAGUGAGGAAUGGGACUCAAACAUUUCAGAAAACUGGAAUUAUAUUUUGAGUGUCAAUAAUACAAAGCCUGAUCUAUACUCAGACAUCAAUAUUACCUAUGUGAAUUACUAUCUUCAUCAUGCUCAAGUGGCAGCGGUAUUCAUUAUUUCCUACUUUCUGAUUUUCUUCCUGUGCAUGGUGGGAAAUACAGUGGUCUGCUUCAUUGUAAUGAGGAACAAACAUAUGCACACAAUCACUAAUCUCUUCAUCUUGAACCUGGCCAUAAGCGAUUUGCUAAUUGGCAUAUUUUGUAUGCCUAUCACGCUUCUGGACAACAUUAUAGCAGGAUGGCCAUUUGGAAGCACAAUGUGCAAAAUCAGUGGUCUGGUUCAAGGAAUAUCCGUUGCGGCUUCUGUCUUCACAUUGGUUGCAAUAGCAAUGGAUAGGUUUCGGAGUGUUGUCUACCCUUUUAAACCAAAGCUCUCUAUCAAGACAGCAGUUGUCAUUAUCGUGAUCAUCUGGGUCCUGGCCAUUGCCAUUAUUUCCCCAUCUGCAAUAAUGUUACAUGUACAAGAAGACAGAUAUUACCAGGUAAAACUCAACUCAGAGAAUAAAACCAUGCCAAUCUACUGGUGCCAGGAAGACUGGCCAAAUAAGAAAAUGAGAAAGAUCUACACCACUGUGCUGUUUGCUAAUAUCUACCUGGCUCCCCUGUUCCUCAUUGUCAUCAUGUAUGGGAGGAUUGGAAUUUCACUUUUCAAGAUGCCAGUGCUUCACACAGGCAAGCAGAACCAGAAGCAGUGGCACGUGGUGCCCAAGAAGAAGCAGAAGGUCAUUAAGAUGCUCCUGAUUGUGGCCCUACUUUUUAUUCUCUCCUGGCUGCCCUUGUGGACUCUGAUGAUGCUCUCAGACUACGCUGAGCUGUCUCCAAAUGAACUACAGGUCAUCAACAUCUACAUCUACCCUUUUGCACACUGGCUGGCCUUUUGCAAUAGCAGUAUCAACCCCAUCAUUUAUGGUUUCUUCAAUGAGAACUUUCGCCGUGGUUUUGAAGAUGCUUUUCACCUCAAGUUCUGCCAAAAAAGAGCACAGUCCAAGGAAGCCUUUGCCCUACGAGCUGAAAACAACGUGGUCAUAAAUACAUCUCACCAGUUAGCCCACGAACCUUCAAUUCAAGACACACAUGAGGAAAAUUUUCUUUAG